AUGAUAGGGACAGCGACCUCCUUUGGUAAUAUGUCCCUAAUUCUCCUGUUGCUUCUUAUUAUCUGGGUACUAUGGCGAAGAUUCGUGUGGUCUAAUUACUUUUCUCCACUGCGACGCCUGUCAUCCCCUCAUAGUGGGACUUGGGGAAUGAAUCAACGUCUGCGACUCUAUACGGAACCCCGCGGAAAACCCCAGUGUGACUGGGUCAAUUACAUUCCAAACGAUGGUUUGAUACGCUACCGUACUUUGCUGAACUCCGACCGACUGUUGGUGACUUCUCCUGAGGCCCUCGCUGAAGAUUUGACGACGAAAUGCUAUGACUUCAGGAAGCCCAAGUGGCUGGUCGGUGAGUUGAAGCAGGUACUAAGGGUUUGGCUCUCGUUAGGAGAGGGAGAUGACCACCGAAUCCAGAGAAAGAUCCUCACACCAGCCUUCUCGUUCCGUCAUAUCAAGAAUCUGUACGGAGUAUUCUGGGACAAGUCGCACGAGUUAGUGAAUGCGAUGACAGAGCACCUGUCAUGCAAGGAGAAGGAGCAGCAGAUCACUCGACUUGCGUGUGACGAGUCCCCGCCCGGCACCGGCGUGCUCGAUAUUGCAGAUUGGGCGAAUCGAGCAACGUUAGAUAUGAUUGGGAUUGCAGGUAUGGGUCGAGAUUUUGGGGCAAUUCACGACUCGAACGCGGACUUAGUCCGUGCAUAUACGCUGGGUUUUCAACCUUCAAAAAGUGCCAUCUUUCUUGCCAUCCUGCGUCUUCUGUUGCCUAAUUGGUUGGUAAACCGUCUGCCCCUUCCACGGAACAAGGAAAUACAGAGAGCCGUCCGCACGAUUCGGGGUGUGUGUGCUGAGUUAAUUCAUCAAGAAUCCAAAUAUAUUUCAGAUAAUAGCAACCCCGAGCAUCGGGAUAUACUCAGAGUCGCCCUCCAGAACGUCGGCUUCAGCGAGGAGGGCCUCAUUGACCAGCUUAUGGCAUUUCUAGCUGCUGGACACGAAACGACGGCAACAGCCAUCACUUGGGCAAUCUAUCUACUCUGUGCCAAUCGAGAUGUGCAAAAUACUCUCCGCCAGGAGGUACGCGAGAAACUUCCGAGUCAAGAUGACCUUACGAAGUUUUUCAAACAUCAGAGCAUCGAUUCCAUGACCUACUUACACGCCGUAUGCGACGAAGUUCUUCGCUACGCGCCACCUGUACCAUUUACUAUCCGCGAAGCCGUGGUCGACACAAUGAUCCUAAAUCAGCCAGUUCCCAAAGGCACGAAGAUAAUGCUGGUCCCUCGAGCUACAAACCGAGAUGCGCAUCUCUGGGGCCCAGAUGCGCAGGAAUUCAAGCCUGAAAGAUGGUUGAAACCAGACACUCGAAGUAAUUACGCUACAAUGACCUUUUUACAUGGGCCCCGCAGUUGUAUCGGUCGAUCGUUCGCAAAGGCCGAGUUUGCCAUUUUGCUGGCUGUCUUAGUGGGACGAUUCGAAUUCGAAUUGGAGGAUGGCCGGUUUUUGGACGAGAGACACUUGAAGGUAACCCGCGCAGUAACUGCCAGGCCCGUGAAUGGUCUUCUCGUCAAGGUAACCCCCCUUUUAUAG